CCUCGUCCUUCGUUGAGCAUCAACUACUGACUGUUAGUAACAUCAAUCAUGUCUGCUACUUAUUCUUCAGACGAGGACACUAUAAAUGAUGUAUUUGGCCUGUCAAAACUUCCUGCCAGCAAAAAACCGCGCACGGUCCAGGACAAACUUGUGUCUCAGGCCGCCCCUCAUGUUCUCGCUGAAGACCCUCUAAAUCAAACAUCGCUAGUGACACGGCCGACGGACACGCAGAUGAAUGUUAACAUUCCCUACAGUGAAAUGAUGUUGCCGCUCCAGGGUCCCGAGAAUCCAUUCGGUGAUUCAAACCGGUUUAUCAAUCAAAAUGCACUCGCGGGCCAUGUGGAAGAACAAUCAAUGUCAGACCAUGCGUUCAAUGCCCAGCAUCUGACACAUUCCAUCCUCGGCUACUCGGUCAAUCCGUCGAUUGAUCCCAACGCACCGUCUAUUAUUGGCUCAGUCGAAAAGGCUCGCGAAAAUGGCUUUGCAACAAUUGAUACCUUGCGAGCUACCAGCUCUCAGAAAAAGGAAUUGAAACGAAAGAGAAAGAACAAGGGAGAUCUUGGUGUCGUCGAGGACACUGGUGAUCAGCCGCAGGAAGAAGAUGAGCCCGAGCCGGUAAUUCACAAGAAGAAAGCGAAACCAAAGCUUGGCGCCUAUGGCCAAGAAACCUCCGUCUUCCAUGGAAAAUCUAUGACCGACUAUCAAGGCCGAACAUAUAUGUAUCCGCCUCUGGCGGAAGCGCCUCAUAUUGGCGGUGAGGUAGGCUCCCAAGAGACAUUUAUUCCAAAGACGUGCAUCCAUACUUGGACCGGUCAUACGCAAGGCGUCUCGGUGAUCCGAUUAUUCCCUGAAACUGGCCAUCUCCUUCUUAGCGGAUCUAUGGACACAAAAAUAAAGCUGUGGGACGUGUAUACUCAUGGAAAUUGUCUCAGGACUUUCCAUGGCCAUACACAGGCCGUUAAGGACGUCACGUUCUCUAACGAUGGUCGAAAGUUCCUGUCGUGUGGAUAUGACCGCCAGAUGAAACUAUGGGAUACCGAGACUGGCCAGUGUCUAAAGCGGUUCAGUAAUGGCAAGACUCCCUAUGUUGUGCGCUUCCAUCCGGAUGAAGACAAACAACACAUAUUCCUCGCUGGUAUGUCGGAUAAGAAGAUUAUUCAGUAUGACAUGAAUUCCGGGGAGAUAACCCAAGAGUAUGACCAGCAUUUGGGUCCUGUCAACACUAUCACUUUCGUCGACGAGAACCGACGUUUUGUGACGACGUCGGACGAUAAGACCAUCCGUGCUUGGGAUUACGAUAUCCCAGUCGUGAUAAAGUACAUAGCAGAACCUCAUAUGCACUCGAUGCCAGCAGUAACGCUUCACCCUUCAAAGAAAUACUUUGCUGCGCAAUCGUUAGACAAUCAAAUUCUUAUCUACAGUACAGAUAAUUUCCGGCAAAACAGGAAGAAAAGGUUUGCGGGACAUUCCGUGGCUGGGUAUGCUUGCCAGGUUGGGUUCUCUCCAGAUGGCAAGUGGAUAAGCAGUGGUGACGGCGAGGGGAACGUGGUGUUCUGGGACUGGAAAACGGGGCGUAUUAAAUCCAGGCUACAGGCUCACUCAAAGGUUGUCAUCGCACAUGAGUGGCUACCACACUGAGUCGUCUAAAGUUGUAACGGCGUCGUGGGAUGGCUUGAUAAAGCUAUGGGACUGAGUAUUUCAAUACUCGCAUCUAUUGUAUUCUGUAUGCAUACAUCAUAUAUUUGUUUGACCGGUCAGGUGCUGUAAG